GGUAUGGCGAGAAGGAAAUUAAAAUCUUCAGGUUACUUAUUGUUUUCUUUGUGAAACAACGGAAGGGAAUGACAAACAUGGAGAAAGACCAAUAUGAGCAGCAGGCAAAAGAAAUAAACAAAAAUGAAAACAAGAUGCAACUCCAAAGAACCAUAGGCUAUUUGGAAGGAGUUAGCUUUAUCGUGGGAACAAUUGUAGGUGCAGGAAUUUUUGUUUCUCCUACUGGGGUUCUGAAAUAUUCUUUGCUCAAUGUUGGUGUUGCACUGAUUGUUUGGACUGCUUGUGGCAUCGUAUCUUUGAUGGGUGCCCUGUGCUAUGCAGAGCUUGGCACAGCUCUACCAUUUUCAGGAGGUGAGUACAGCCACAUCAAGAGAGCGCUUGGUUCUCCUCUGGCUUUCAUCUUCAUGUGGACAGCGAUGUUCAACAAACCAGCUUCAAAUGCUGCCCGAGCCUUAUUGUUUGCUGAAUAUGCUACUCAGCCUUUCUAUGGUGAGUGCCUGGCCCCAGAACUGCUCAAGAAAUGCUUGGCACUGGCUGUUCUCUGGUUCCUUGGGCUCCUCAAUGGGCGAAGUGUCAAGAUGGCUGCUUGGGUGCAGACUGUAUUUACUAUCCUAAAGAUGAUGGCUCUGUCUGUAAUUGCGAUUGGUGGGAUCGUCCUGUUGAUAAGAGGAAGGAAAGAUAACCUUGCAAGGUUUGAGAAUGCUUUCAGUUCAGAGAUUCCUGAUGUUGCACAGAUGGCCGAAGCAUUUUUCCAAGGACUGUAUGCAUACGGGGGCUGGUGGUCUCUCAAUUAUUUGGCAGAGGAAGUGAAAAACCCCAGCAGAAACAUUCCCUGGACUGUGAUGACUGCACUUCCCUCAGUUACUGUGUUCUAUUUGCUGGUAAACAUUUCAUACCUGACAGUUCUCACACCAAAGGAAAUGGUUUCCUCAGUUGCUGUAGCAGUCACAUGGGCUAACAGAGUAAUCCCCUCAGUCGCUUGGAUGAUUCCUGCAGCUGUGGCUGUUUCGAUAUUUGGUGCCCUCAACAGCAGCAUGUUUACACUUGGACGAUUGAGCUAUGCUGGAAGUCAGUCUGGACAUUUGCCCAUCAUAAUAUCCAUGCUUAACAUACAGUACUGCACUCCAGCACCAGCCAUGAUUUUCUCAACUGUUAUUGCAUCCAUUUUCAUUAUCCCAUCAGAUCUAAUUGCUUUAACCAAUUAUUUUGGCUUCUCCGUUUGGCUCAUGAUUGGAUUAACAUGCACUAGUCUGAUAGUCCUCCGAUACCGAGAACCUGAUCUUCACAGGCCUUACAAGGUUUUUCUACCAGUUGCCUUUGGGAUGGUGGCAAUUUCACUGUUCUUAGUUUUAGCACCGGUAGUCUGGUCUCCAAAGGUGCAGUAUGUAUAUGCAUUCUUUUUCAUGCUUGGGAGUCUUCUCUUAUAUUUGCCUUUUGUACAUUUUAAAAUACAUUUUGAGUUUGUUAACAAAAUUACUUGUUACCUGCAGCUGCUUCUGGAGGUUUCACCUGCUGAUUAUAAAUCUGACUGAGGGCAAAGGUGCAAAUUUUUCAAUAAACUGGAACUGAACAUGGCUUGGAUCCAGCAUAAUGCCAGCCUAAUGCUGGCAUUCAAGGCAGCUCCUUCCAGUCCUUGAAAUGUUGAUCCCCUUCAUGUAAGCUGUCUUUUGGAUCCAAAGCAGAAAUUUUGUUUGUUAAUUGAUCAAAUCAAUCAAUCCAGUCAAAUCUGACUGAAGGAAAAGAUGCUGUCUGUUCGGAACCUUUAUAGUGGUAAAAUUAGAUAUCAAAAUACAUAAACCCAGCUGCAUUGGUCUUUUCUCUCUGAUUCUUUCACUACCAUUCCUUACUUUCUCUUUCAUUACCAUUCCCUACCAUCCUAUCUAAAUUUAAACUAUAAGUUCCUUGUGGAUAGGAAUCCUUUUUCUAUUAUUAUGUGAAAAAGCCACAUGUAUACCAUGGCAUUACCUAAAUAAAUAAACUACAUUGUUCACAAUUUUGCUUAUUAAAUAUUAUGUCUGAGUGUGCUUCUUUAGCACAAUUGUUCAUCUCCACUCCCACGCUUUCCUCCUAACCACUGUUGAGAAUUCAAGAGAAUUCAAAGGAAAAUGUCAAAGGAGUUUUGGAUGCAAAGUAAUAUAGACAGGUCACACUUGUUUCAAGAACAUAAUACUUUGGAUCUGUACUUUUUAUUACAGAUCAGUUAACAAUCCUGUCCAUAUAAGCGGCACUCCCCUUUAUUCUUUGUGGAUGCUACCACUAUGUAUAUACUUGUGAUACUGUCUGUGUCUGUUUGUCUGACUGCCUGUGUUGUAACUGACAGCUGGAGUUGCUGACAAUUUUCUGGUCUGCCUUCUCAA